UUUCUGCUCUCUCCCUCUGUUUCAAACAACUACUUUUAGACAUGUAAUGUAACUGUUCCCUACUCACUUUACGACAUUGGUUGGACCCCCCCUCUAUGUUUACUAGGGUUUUUCUGUUUUUUUUCCUAACUAAAACCCUUCUUCCAUAUAAAGCAUAUGCUUUUUUAAUACAAAAUCCGUAAUACUUUUUUAUUAUUCUCCUCCGUGUACCUUGUAAACUCCACAGAAAGAAAGAAUUUAUGUUAUCUAGGUGCUAGGUACAAAAUCUUGGCGGAGUUCUCAAUCUGUUUCCUAUAUAGUUAAUAGCUUACUAAUUUGACAACAACAACAAGUUCUAUUAUUUUUAGAAUUUUUUUAGGCCUUAACCUUUGAUAAAAAAUUUCAGGGGUUUUGGUUUUACUCCUAAAUAUGGCAGUAGUGGGAGAUUUAGCUUUGAUGGGGACUAAGAUCAGUCCAAACAAGUUAAUUAGUAAAUUGGAGAAAAGGGUGUUUGGUGUUCCAGUUUCUUCAAGUCAAAGGUUUAGUUUUUCUCAUGCUAGAAAUUUGGAAGUUAUAAAAAAAUCAAGAAUUGCUGUCAAAGCAGUGAUGCAAGUGGGGUUGGAGAAAAUUCAAAGUUCAAGUGAAUUGAAGAGUUUAAAAGAAGAGUAUUUAGGCUUUGAUGUGGUGACAGAAAGGGAACUAAAGGAAAAUGGAUUUUUGGGGUUAAGGAAAACAAAGUUAGUUUGCACAAUUGGACCAGCUUGUUGUUCUUUGGAUGAGUUGGAGAAGUUGGCUUUGGCAGGUAUGAAUGUGGCUAGGCUAAAUAUGUGUCAUAAUUCAAGGGAAUGGCAUCAAGAUGUGAUUAGGAAAAUUAAGAUGUUGAAUCAAGAAAAAGGUUAUAGUGUAUCAGUCAUGAUUGAUACAGAGGGGAAUCAAAUACAGGUGGUUGAUCAUGGCUCUUCAUCUUCUGUCAAAGCAGAGGAGGAUUCAAUCUGGUACUUUACUACUGAGAAGUUUGAAGGUUCUCGUCCGUUUACAAUUCAGGCAAAUUAUGAAGGUUUUUCUGAAGGUGUCAAUCCUGGUGAUGAAAUUGUCAUAGAUGGAGGAAUGGCAACCUUUGAAGUUACUGAGAGAGUUGGGAACGACUUGCGGUGCAAGUGCGUAGACCCUGGUCUGCUUCUGCCUAGAGCUAAAUUGAGUUUUUGGAGAGAUGACAAGCUUUUAGGAAGAGAUUGUGAUCUCCCCACUUUGUCACCAAAGGAUUGGUCUGACAUUGUUUUUGGAAUAUCUGAAGAUAUCGAUUUCAUUGCCGUUUCAUUUGUAAAAGAUGCUGAUGCAAUCAAGCAUCUGAAGGCCUACCUCGCAACUAAAUCCUCCAAGGCAAUAAAAGUGUUGGCAAAGAUAGAGAGUGUAGAGUCUCUCCGAAGGUUGGAGGAAAUUGUUGAGGCUUCUGAUGGGAUUAUGAUAGCAAGGGGAGAUCUUGGAGUAGAGAUUCCACUUGAACAAAUUCCAUCUGUUCAGGACGAUAUUACUUAUGUUUGCAGGCAGCUCAACAAGCCCGUUAUUGUCGCCUCUCAACUUCUGGAGUCAAUGGUUGAAUUCCCAACUCCAACACGAGCAGAGGUUGCAGAUGUUUCUGAAGCGGUUCGACAGUAUGCUGAUGCAUUGAUGUUAUCUGGUGAGUCAGCCAUUGGAUCAUAUGGAAUGAAGGCUCUUUCUGUCUUGCGAACAACUAGCACCCGAAUGGAACAAUCAUGUCGUGAAGAGAACAGGCAAACUUUGUUGCAUCAACGUAAACUUGGAGUAUCUUUGCCAGAUCAAAUUGCUGAGCAAAUCUGCAAUUGUGCAGUGGAAAUGGCUGACAACCUAGGGGUGGAUGCUAUAUUUGUAUACACAAGGCACGGGAAGAUGGCGUCUCUUCUUUCACGAAACCGUCCAAAUCCUCCUAUAUUUGCAUUCACAAAUGACAACAGCACUCGGAUGGCUCUCAAUUUGCAGUGGGGAGUUACUCCCCUACUCACUGACCUGUCCGAUGACAUGGAAGCUAACGUUAAGAAAACUGUCGAACUUAUAAAAGCUAAGGGGAUGAUAAAGGCGGAUGAUGCUAUUUUGGUGGUAUCAGAUAUCAUUCCAAUUUCUACUGCCCAGACUAUUUUCCAGUCUAUUCAGGUGAUGACCAUAGCUUAGGAUAUUUUUAAGCAGACAUUGCAUAGUGAUUUCUUGUGUACUUGGAAGAUAGUCAUUUUACUAUUUUGAGGACAUUACUUUGUUGUAUACUUUGGCCAUGAAGGAUGUCAUAAUCUAUUCAUAUCAAGGAAAGCUAGUUGUGGAACUUCA